CACCGUUCUCAGCGCGAACCGGCAACAACUGGACGUGUACGGGGCGCUCGCGGGCGACGCGGCGAUCGGUGCGGCCCAUCAUCACCAUGACGGAGCGGACGCCGCUGCUGCACUAUCGCUUAUCCACCAGCGUCAAUGAGACGGAACAGCGCUCCAGCCCUGUCGGGGUCGCGGUGGAACGGACCCCGGCGGCGUCCCGGCGGAAGGCGUCCAAAAGUCGACCGCAGAAGCUGUCCACCUUCUUCGGCGUGGUCAUCCCCACGCUGUUAUCCAUGUUCAGCGUCGUUGUCUUCCUGCGGAUUGGAUUUGUGGUGGGGCAGUGUGGCCUGUACCAGACGUUUGCCAUGCUGUUGGUGGCCUACUUCAUCAUCAGUAUGACCGUGCUGUCCGUGUGCGCCAUCUCCACCAAUGGGGCUCUGGAUGCAGGUGGCGCCUACUACAUGAUCAGUCGAGCCCUGGGACCAGAGUUUGGCGGCAGCCUUGGAAUCAUGUUCUUCUUUGCCAAUGUGUGCGGGAGCGCCCUCUAUGUGCUGGGGCUGGUAGAGGCGGUGCUCGCCACCUUCGGUGUUCAGGAAGAUGUGUCUGGCCUCUCCAGCACCCAGUAUGUCCUGCCAGUCGGUUACUGGUGGUCCCUGCUGUACGGUACGGUCAUCCUGCUGGUGUGCCUGCUGGUGUGCCUAGUGGGUGCCCACAUCUACGCCAGGGCCACCUUCCUCAUCUUCCUCAUCGUCAUGCUGGUCCUGGCCACAGUCUUCAUCAGCUUUUUCGCCGUACGACCCCACAUGGUACAAUUACCUGUGUCCAAUUACUCCAGAGUGCACAGUGCCAAUUUCACAGGGUUCAAGCUGGACACACUGCUGGGAAAUCUCAAAGCUGCCUACACGGUGGACUACACCACCGGGACCAUGAUGACCUUCGCCACAGUCUUUGCAGUCAUGUUCAACGGCUGCACGGGCAUCAUGGCCGGCUCGAACAUGUCCGGAGACCUGAAGAGUCCUAGCUACUCCAUCCCCAGGGGCACCAUCACUGCCGUCAUCUUCACCUUCAUCACUUACACCCUGCUCAGUGUGCUGGUGGCGUGCUCCUGUGAGCGGCUGCUGCUGCAGAAGGAUUACAGCUUCCUGCAGGACAUUAACCUGUGGCACCCGUUCGUCAUCAUCGGCGUGUACUCGUCCACGCUGUCCGCGGCCAUGAGUAACCUUAUCGGGGCGUCUCGCAUCCUGUACGCCCUGGCGCGCGAUGAGCUCUUUGGCCGUGUGCUAUCUCCUGCCAAGAAGACCUCUCGCAGCGGGAACCCCUGGGUGUCUGUGCUCAUAUCCUGGUUCCUCGUGCAGCUGGUUCUCUUCUCCGGUAAACUGAACACCAUCGCCAGCAUCGUGACCAUCUUCUUUCUGCUGGUCUACGCCGCCGUGGACUUGGCCUGCCUGGCUCUCGAAUGGGCCUCUGCUCCGAACUUCAGGCCCACGUUCCGCUACUUCACCUGGCACACCUGCGUUCUGGGCAUCCUGGGCUGCGGUGUCAUGAUGUUCCUCAUCAACGCCAUCUACGCCUCGGCCAGCAUCGCUUUCAUGCUCCUUCUGCUCCUCGUCAUCCAUUAUCUGUCACCCACCAGCAGCUGGGGCUACAUCAGCCAAGCCCUCAUCUUUCACCAGGUGCGGAAGUACCUACUGAUGCUGGAUGUGAGGAAGGACCACGUGAAGUUCUGGAGGCCACAGGUGCUGCUGAUGGUGGCUAACCCCCGCGGCAGCGUGGGCCUCAUCACCUUCAUCAACGACAUGAAGAAGAGCGGCCUUUACGUGCUGGGCCACAUCACGCUGGGGGACCUGGAGUCCCUACCGUCGGACCCCCUGCAGUCCCGCUACGACUCCUGGCUGUCGCUCGUCGACCAGCUGAACAUCAAGGCCUUUGUGAACCUGACGCUGGCCGACUCCGUCCGACACGGAGUCCAACACCUGCUGUUCAUCUCUGGCCUGGGCGGGAUGAGGCCCAAUACCUUGGUGCUGGGCUUCUAUGACGACUGCACGCCGCAAGACCAGCUUCAGGACGCGCCGGCUUUCUUGGGCGCCGCUGUGGACGGCCUGGGUCCCUCUCAGGACCCCGAGGAGCCGCCGGGGCUGCAAUUUCCCGGGCUGCGUACCGGCGACCGGGACCUGGGGCCUCAGGAAUACGUGUCCAUCGUCGCGGACGCUGUAAAGAUGCUGAAGAACGUAGCUCUGGCGAGGUACUUUGGCCACUUUGACCGUGCCGAUGUGCUGAACCAGCCGCGGGGGGCGCUCUACGUGGACGUGUGGCCCCUGAACCUGCUGCGACCUGACAGCAGCAGCUACGUGGACACGUGCAGCCUCUUCCUGCUGCAGCUGGCCUGCGUCCUCAACAUGGCGCGGGCAUGGCGGCGGGCCAGGCUCCGCCUCUUCCUGUGUGUGGAGGAGGGGCGGAGCCCACAGGGCCCCGAGGAGAAGCUGGGACAGCUGCUGCGGGAGCUGCGCAUGUCUGCCGACGUCUUCAUGGUGCCCUGGGACCACGUGGUUGCCCUGCACUGGCAGCGGCAGGGCAUGACGGGUCCAGCCGUGGAGGACGAGGAGGACUACGCCAACAGCUUCCCCAGCAAUGCCACGCGGCUGUCGGACGACUACAUCCGGGCCGUCAACCAGCUGGUGUUGCAGCGGCCUGGCCCGCCCCCUGCCGUCCGCUUCCUGUACUUGCCCCGCCCCCCGGCCGACACCCAUCGCUAUCCGACCUACCUGCACCAGCUGGAGCUGCUGACCCGUGACUUGGGCCCCACACUGCUCAUCCACGGCAUCACACCAGUAAUCACCACUGACCUCUAACCCCCCCCCCACCCGGUAAUGGUGUCACCCUUAAUGUGAGACGGUUCUGGUGCCUUCUGGUGUUGUUGCUUUACAUGGUACGUUGGGAUCCUUUUAAACUGUAAACUGACCACAUUUUUUUCCCCCCUCUUUUAUCUCCACACUCGGAAUGCAUUUUAACACAAAUUGUUUCCUGUUCCUACCCAAAAAAAAAAAAAAAGAAUAAAUUCUUUUUUUAUUUAUUCAAUUAUAAAUAUUUUUGGAGUAUUAAAUUCAAUGUAAAAAAUUUUGAGAAUUUUGCUUAAUUCUCUUCUGGGUGGUUUCUAUGGUUACGGGGUCCGUGAUCUGGGGAACCAUGGCGACUUCAAACUGCAGAGGUCUGUGUGCAGGACUGGGCUUUUCUGUGUGUGCUUGUGAUUCAUAUUAAAAAGAGAAAAAACACCCCGAAUGAGGAAUUGGAUCGUAGCUGGUCUUUAACCAAGCAGGGUGCAGAAAGUCUAUUAUAGCAAGCAGCAGAAUGUCAGUGUGGGGGGCAGCUGCUGUUUUGGUGGGGGGGCGGUUUAUGACGAUGCCCAGCUCUUCUGUCUCGCUGGUCGGAAUGUGCCGCUGUUGGACUUUGCCAGCCAUCGGUGGUGGGAGGCCAGUGGAUGCCAGCUGCAGUGUGGUGUGUUGGGGCGUGACAUCCGGAUGCGGCGUAACAAAGCGACCUUAAUUUACGAGUGCAGCAGUGGUUGUCAGCCAAGGUGGGCAGGAUGCUGGCGAUUACAA